GGACUGUAGGUAAACAUUUGCACAACACUACCUUAAAACAAACCUCAAUUAUGUACCUGUUCAAGUUAUUGUAUCUAGUUUUUGCAAUAUUAUUACCACCUAUAUCUUCAUCUUCAUCACCUUUUGAAGCAAUUGAGUCUCUAAGCAAACGUUUAGACACACAAAAAUCAUCUUCAUAUGUUCAAGAACAUGCAGCAAAAGCUCUUCUUCAGAGAUUGCUUCCUGCCCAUUUGUCUAGUUUUGAGUUCAAGAUUAUACCAAAGGUUGUUUGUGGUGGAAAAAGUUGCUUUUGGAUUACAAAUUACAAGAAUUCAAGCACGAAUUCUCCGGAAAUAAUUAUCAGGGGCACUACAGCGGUUGAAAUCACAUCUGGACUUCACUGGUAUUUGAAGUAUUGGUGCGGUGCUCAUAUUUCAUGGGACAAGACUGGUGGAAUUCAAAUUGCUUCCAUUCCUAAACCAGGAGCUUUACCCCGUAUCUUAAAUGACGAGGGAGUGAUAAUUAAACGACCAGUCCCGUGGAACUAUUAUCAAAAUGUUGUCACUUCCAGUUAUUCUUAUGUUUGGUGGAAUUGGGAAAGAUGGGAGAAAGAGAUUGAUUGGAUGGCAUUACAAGGAGUUAAUCUGCCUUUGGCAUUUACUGCACAAGAAACAAUCUGGCAAAAAGUUUUCACGGGAUUUAAUAUCAGUAAGCAGGAGUUAGAUGAUUUCUUUGGGGGACCAGCUUUUCUUGCCUGGGCUCGCAUGGGAAACUUGCACGGGUGGGGCGGGCCUUUAUCACAAAACUGGUUAGAUAACCAGUUGGGGCUGCAAAAACAGAUAUUAUCUCGGAUGUUAGAGUUAGGCAUGACUCCAGUCCUCCCAUCUUUUUCUGGGAAUGUUCCGGCAGCACUGAAGAAGAUUUAUCCUUCUGCGAAUAUAACUAGGCUCGGGGAAUGGAACACUGUUACCGGUGAUCCUCGAUGGUGCUGCACUUUCCUUCUCGACCCUUCGGAUCCUUUGUUCAUAGAAAUAGGGGAGGCGUUUAUUAAGCAGCAAAUCCAAGAAUAUGGAGAUGUGACAGACAUAUACAACUGUGAUACAUUCAAUGAGAAUUCCCCACCUACAAAUGAUCCUGAUUUUAUUUCCUCUCUUGGUUCUGCUGUUUAUAAGGCAAUGUCCAAAGCAGAUAAAGAUGCAGUUUGGCUAAUGCAAGGUUGGUUGUUCUAUUCAGACUCAUCGUUCUGGCAACCACCACAAAUGAAAGCACUUCUCCAUUCGGUUCCAUUUGGCAAGAUGAUAGUUAUUGAUUUAUUUGCUGAUGUCACACCCAUAUGGAAGUCUUCCUCUCAAUUUUACGGCACUCCUUAUCUCUGGUGUAUGCUGCACAACUUCGGUGGAAACAUUGAGAUGUAUGGUACAUUGGAUGCAGUUGCUUCAGGUCCAGUUGAUGCCCGCCUCAGUGAAAAUUCAACCAUGGUUGGUGUUGGCAUGUGCAUGGAAGGUAUAGAACAGAAUCCAGUGGUCUAUGAACUCAUGUCUGAAAUGGCAUUCCGAAGUGAUAAAGUUGAUCUUGAGGAGUGGUUGAAAAAUUACUCAAGCAGACGUUAUGGUAAAGCAGUUAGCGAGGUUGAGGAAGCUUGGAAAAUUUUGCAUCGCACAGUUUACAACUGUACUGAUAGUAUUGCGGACCAUAACAUUGAUUUCAUUGUUAAGCUUCCUGAUUGGGAUCCAUCAUUAAGAACAAUUUCUCGUACGACUCCGAAACAGAUGCAAAAUUCAUACAGGCCGCACAAAAGAAGAUUUUCUUAUCAUGAAACGACUAAUCCCUUGCCGCAAUCACAUCUAUGGUAUCCUACUCAUGAUGUCAUUAUAGCGUUAAGGCUGUUUCUUGAUGCAAAACAUGCUCUAGCUGGAAGCCUAACAUAUAGGUAUGAUUUGGUAGACUUAACUAGACAAGUGCUGUCUAAGUAUGCAAACCAGGUUUACUUGGAUGCUAUUAAUGCCUUCCGAGUAAAGGAUACAAAAACUUUUCUCUACCAAAGCCAGAGAUUUUUGCAACUUAUCAAAGACACUGAAGAGCUUCUAGCUGCUGAUGACAAUUUUUUACUUGGAACAUGGCUAGAGAGUGCAAAAAAUCUGGCAAUGAAUCACAAGGAGAGGAGGCAGUAUGAGUGGAACGCUAGAACUCAGGUGACGAUGUGGUUUGAUACCACAAAAUCAGUACAGAGCUCACUUCAUGAUUAUGCAAACAAGUUUUGGAGUGGUCUACUUGGAAAAUACUACCUACCUAGAGCAUCCAUGUAUUUCGAUCACUUGUCAAGAAACCUAACAGAAAACGAAGACUUCAAGUUAAAAGAAUGGAGAAGGGAAUGGAUAGCAUAUUCGAGCAAAUGGCAAAGAAGUAACGAGCUUUACCCUGUGAAAGCCGAGGGAGAUGCUCUUGCUAUAUCAAGUACAUUGUAUGACAAAUAUCUGGUUUGAAAUCUGAUAAAAUACAGUGUAAAUGAAAAACAAAGAGAAUCGUGAAUAAAGCAUCUGAGUUUUGAUGGGUUUA